AUGCCGUCCUGCCUGCCUGGCAUCGCCGGCGAAGAGGAGCUGAAGAGACUCCAAGAAGAAAUUCUUGAAGGCCUCGUGGCAGAUUCCGAGGACGACGUCGACGCUCAGGGCGAAGACGGGGUCCCCGAGGUCGCCGAAGGCGUGGAAGGUGAAGAGCCGCCGCCGAUCCGAGAUGAAUUAGCGGAAGGCCUCGCAGCGAUCGAGGACCUCAUCGCCGGGCGUGCCGCCCCCGUGCAGGCCCCCAGCCGGCCUGCUACAGGAGGCCCGUCCAUCUUGUCGGAGCCUGCCGUCCUCGUGGCUUCAGGAGAGGAUGCAGUCGAGGACGUUCGCCACCUCGUCUUCCGCUAUCAGCGGCUCCGUAGCCUGGACUUGCCAGGCACCGUGGACUUCGUGCGCCUGUCAGGCCUGGAGGUCCUCUCCCUCUCCCACAACGAGCUACGAGACCUGGAGCCCCUCCGGCCACUGGUGGCUCUCCGCGAGGUGAACCUCAACUUCAACCAAGUCGAGGACCUGAGCCCCCUGUUCGAGUGUGAGCAGCUGACGAAGGCUUUCGUGGCGCACAACCGCAUACGAAGCAUCGCAGGCCUGGAAUGCGGAUGUGGCCGCUUGGAGGAGCUCUCACUGCUUGGAAACCAGCUCGCCGCCGACACUUCGCAGGAGAUUCUUGCCACACUGGCUGCUUUGCCGCAUCUCCGCGCCCUAGAUGUGGCCGAGAACGAGGCGUUUCGUCUGCCCAUGGAACGUCAGCAGCUUCUUGAGGCGUUGAGGCCCGGAACAUCACUGGCCGUCCUGGAUGGCGAGCCCCUGGACGCGGGGAGUUUGGGAGGCAAGACGCCUCCCACUUCCGCGCCCCAAAGCGAGGGCUACAAGCCAGACUCUCGAGGUGGGACAUCACCCUCUGCCAGUCCACCUGGCACAGGCUCCGGCUCGCCAGAUGCCAGCCCUCGAACUCGACCUGGAACCGCGCCCACGUCAGCCACUGGCCGGGUUCGGCCGCCCUUGCCACCCAAGGGGUUGCCGGCAGGAGGUGGCUACCCAGCACCCUCUGCGCUGCCUCCUUUGGGAGGCAGCCUCCGGUCAAGCCGCAGCAGCAAAUUCGACGAGGACCUCCAAGCUUGGCUCGCAGAAGGGCUGCCCUUCCUCAGCUCCAGUAGCCUUCUCAGUACUGAGACUGUCAUCACUGUGCAGCUGCACGGGUCCAGCUCUGAGGCGAAGAACCACGAGAGGCAACGUGACCACAGGAAGUCGGUAGAAGCCUCCCGCUUCUUCUUGCAGGAAGGUUACGGGUAUGCGGCGCCAAAGAAGCUUCGCUUGCUGCUACGGGCAAAGGGCGACUACGUCGAGCUCGGAGACGUGAUCGGGACCGGCGCACAGGGCCAGGUCUUUGCCUGCCGGCGUGAAAAGAGCGAUGCUCGCUUGGCUGCCAAGGUCGUCGACUGCCAUCGGCUGCAGCUGUCCGCAGAUGAGCCGGAGAUCGUAGUGAAGAAGAUGGAGAACGAGGUGCGAAUCCUUCGCAACGCGGAGCAUGAACACUGUGUGAGCCUCUAUGACAUCUACAGAACGCCCCGCUGGAUCGUCUUGAUCAUGGAAAGGCUGGAGGGCGGCGAGCUCUUCGAGCAGAUCGCGAAGAAGCGGACGCUCAAAGAACUUGAAGCCAAGCAUGUCUUUCAACAGAUCGUGUCUGGCCUGGUGUUUCUGCAUGGCAAGAAGAUUGCCCACAGAGAUCUGAAGCCUGAGAAUGUGCUGAUCGCCAAGAUGCGGCAAGCAGACCCUCCGAAUGAGGAUUGCACAUUGUAUGACAUCAAGAUCGCGGACUACGGGCUCAGCAAGUACAACGAUGAGGGGGAGCCUCUUCGGAGCAUGGUUGGGACACCCCAGUACUGGGCGCCAGAGAUGCUCAAAGCCAAGGGCAGGCAGGGCUACGACGAGCGAGUCGACCUCUGGAGCUUAGGGGUCCUGCUCUAUGUGAUGCUCUACGGCAGAUACCCUUUUCGAGGCGACAACGCGAACGAGCAGAUCAAGAACGGCACGUUCGAGCUCUCGCGCGUGAAGUCCCCGCCAUCGGAAGAUGCCCAAGACCUCAUCAGGAAACUUCUGAAAGUGAAUCCUGGAGAUCGUCUUCCGCUCUCAGGCUGCUUGGAACAUCCGUGGCUGGUGGGCGAAAAGAAGAAGGCUCCUUCUCCACCCCAGCCCGCCUCAGCGGUCGCAGUCCGCGCCGUCACCCCACGGGCACCCUUUGACCUCCGCGAGUUACUCCGACUGCAGGUUUCCUUGGGGCGAUCCUUGGAAAUUGCCUGCCUCGCAUGCCGAAGUCAGCACCCCGAGCUCGCUGCAAGCAUCCGAGAGACCAUUAUGCAGGCGCAACUACUCUGGCAGCAGGCGGUCAAGGUGAUUGGCCAGUACGCACAGGUGUCCCGGAAAGUCAUCGAGACGGUGCUGCCCGACUUGAACUUAGCAGUUCAGGAAUCAGUGCCAGAGCUGGGGUAUGACCUACUGAGUAUGGUGGAGAGUUGGAUCCAAAAGAUGACCGCUGACAGCGAAAAGAUGCACUGGCUCUGCACGGAGCUGUCGAAGCAUCUGGAGAAGAUGAUCCAUCAGGCGCAAGCUCAGCAGCUGCAGCUUCAAGCGGCAGCUCCAGAGGCAAGGGCCCCGCAGCCUCCCAAUGCCAUCUGCGAUGCUGGCAGUCAAGCUACCCCACACAGAAGGCAAGAUCUCUUCGACGAGCUGGAGCUCUUUGCAAACAAGAUCUCCAGGGGGACGUACUCCGACGUCCCUGGGACCCCGAUACUGCUGCACGUGAAGACCAGCCGUCGUCGGGCACAAGACGAAUUUGGCGACGGAAAUUGUUCCCGGAGGGCCCCGAUACUGCUGCACGUGAAGACCAGCCGUCGUCGGACACAACACUGGAGUGGCGGAAGCCAGAGGAGCUCGUCUAUCAACGGGUGCAUUCACCAAGGCUUGAAGAAGCCCAGCACCUUUGCAGGAGCUUUGCUUCAAGAAGCACGGGAAACGCCGUGCGCGGCCCAAGUCGGCGAAGAUUUCAUUAUCAUCACGUGGGUGGAGCAGAAUGCCGUGCUGGUGACUCGGAGCCCCGCGACUAUGGAGGACAUGAUUCCUAUCAUGCUCUUCCGCUGGUCGAGCCCGGUGACGUGCUACUGCUUUGCCCCAGAGCUGGAUGCGCCAGGGCCAGCCAGUGGAGACUGCACUUCGUUUCGACUUCUGGGUGGGCAGCCAUUUAUGGAAGUGGUCUCGCAGCGGCCACUUCCUGUUGUGAGGCCGGUCCAACAGUGGACUCGGCGGGCUGUGCAGCAGCAGCCCCUCCGAGUACUCACCAGGGCGCCGCCAGCGGCAGCGCCUCCAGUGACCGGCUCGUUCACUCCAAGCACCUCUCUGGUCUAUGUGGUGGAGGAGCCGCUGUCCGACUUCAACAAAGCCGGUUUCGAGCUGCUGCAGCGACUUGGCCUGCUGGCCGAGUGCGGUGAUGGCGUUCAUAUCCGUGUGGUCUGCAGCUGGCCGUUGAAACGGAAGAUAUGA